AGUUGCUGUGAAAAAGCAAAGAAUGGUAAUGCAGUUUCAGGGGCUAGAAAAUUCCAUUCAAAGUAGUCCUCGCCCCAGCCACUCAGCGUCAGGAAUCAUCAUGGAAAUGAUUGGCAUGAAAACUGCUAAAGGUGUACUCACAGAACAAGCAGCAGGUUCUCUGGGACAGAAUCUAGAUGUGGAAUUGUAUUCACAAUACAGCAAUGCUCAGUUUUCCCAAGUUCAGCCACAAAUUUCCUCAUCAUCUUAUUAUUCCAACUUGGGCUUCUACCCUCAGCAGCCCGAAGAAUGGUACUCUCCAGGAAUUUAUGAACUCAGGCGAAUGCCAUCUGAAACUCUCUACCAGGGAGAGACUGAGGUUGCAGAGAUUCCUGUCAUCAAGAAGGCUCGAAUGGGCCCGUCAACAGGGAGAAUAAAGGGGGACGAGCUGUGUGUCGUUUGUGGAGACAGAGCAUCUGGAUACCAUUAUAAUGCGCUCACCUGUGAAGGGUGCAAAGGUUUCUUCAGAAGAAGCAUUACCAAAAACGCCGUGUACAAGUGUAAAAACGGGGGCAACUGCGUGAUGGACAUGUACAUGCGAAGAAAGUGCCAAGAGUGUCGACUACGGAAGUGCAAAGAGAUGGGAAUGUUGGCUGAAUGUAUGUAUACAGGUUUGUUAACGGAAAUCCAGUGUAAAUCUAAACGACUGAGAAAAAACGUGAAGCAACAUGGAGAUCAGCUGGGCAAUGAAGACGGUGAAGGACGGGACUUGCGACAAGUGACCUCUACAACUAAGUCAUGCAGGGAGAAAACUGAGCUCACCCCUGACCAGCAGAACCUUCUACAUUAUAUCAUGGACUCGUAUAGCAAGCAGAGGAUGCCCCAGGAAAUAACCAAUAAAAUUUUAAAAGAAGAGUUCAGUGCAGAAGAAAAUUUUCUCAUUUUAACGGAAAUGGCCACUAGUCAUGUACAGAUUCUUGUUGAAUUCACCAAAAAGCUACCAGGAUUUCAGACUUUGGACCAUGAGGAUCAGAUCGCUUUGCUGAAAGGGUCGGCAGUUGAAGCUAUGUUUCUCCGGUCGGCUGAGAUUUUCAAUAAGAAACUUCCAGCUGGACAUGCUGACCUGCUGGAGGAAAGAAUUCGAAAGAGUGGUAUCUCUGAUGAAUAUAUAACACCUAUGUUUAGUUUUUACAAAAGUGUUGGCGAAUUGAAAAUGACUCAGGAAGAGUAUGCUUUGCUUACAGCAAUUGUCAUCCUCUCCCCAGACAGACAAUACAUAAAGGACAGGGAGGCGGUCGAGAAGCUGCAGGAGCCACUGCUUGAGGUGUUACAAAAACUGUGCAAGAUUCAUCAGCCGGAAAACCCUCAACACUUUGCCUGUCUCCUGGGCCGCCUGACGGAACUGCGGACAUUCAACCAUCACCAUGCGGAGAUGCUAAUGUCCUGGAGAGUGAAUGAUCACAAGUUCACCCCACUGCUCUGUGAAAUCUGGGACGUGCAGUAAUGCAGGAGUAGGGACCAGGGCUAGCCCUCUAUUUCCUUUGUAAUAGAAAUUUGAUGUAUAACAUUCCUUCAUUUGUACCUAGUUCCACACA